UUUCAGAGCUUCUCGAAUGGAAGACUACGCGGAAAACUCAUUCAAUGUAAUUCCAAUUUCAAUGGAAUACAUUCGGGAUUUGAGAACAGCUACUUCGUUCCGAGUUUAUGUGAUUUAUAUCGAUUUGGUUUUGAUUUUGGCAUUGUUUUUGUCGAUUCAUGCAAUCCGUGAGUUGACGUCGAAACAACUGUUCAGUAAAUCUAUCACGCAUCUACUUAUUGCUAGUUUGGUAUAUGGAAAUGUGCAUAAUGCGUCCUACACUAUUAUAGAGACAUGGUCUCUCUACCGAUCGUUUGCAUAUUCAGACAACAUGACAGCAAUUAUGUUCACAAGUGAAGAAUGUUUUGUCCAGCACGUCUUGAACUCAUGUGUACGGUUUUUGUUUAUAGCCAUUGAGCUCGCUCUGAAUGUUGAUAGAAUUAUAGUCAUCUUGUUCCGGAAACAUUUUCAUUGCUAUCCAGGUGUUCGUGGUGAAAUCUUGAAUAUUUUAGCGGUAAUUCUCUCAUUUGCACUCGGCUGUCUUUUACACCUAAAAGGUCCACAUCCUGGAAUUGUAACUACUAGCUGCUUCAGAGAAACAGAUAUAACAAUCAAUCUGUGCUCUACAAAUCUGACGUCAUACACUAUCCUAUCUGCUUGUUGUGCGGCCCUUGACUUUCUGAUGAUGUGGUACACGUGGAAUGACCGGAAGAAGAUCAACUAUGAUUUGAACUCUCAAUAUCUGAAAGUGGAACAACAUCAUUCCCUAAUGGCGGUUUCAUUGAACUCAUUGCUUCAAUUGUUUGUAACUUCAAUUUAUGCAAUUAGUAUGUUUGUAUUGGCAAAUAUGUCAAUGACGAAUCCGGAACUUGGGAAUGCGAACCUGUUGAGGUGGUUCUAUACAACACCAUACUCCACUCUAUUAGUUCCUAUUCAAAUAAAAGUAUUCAUUCAAUGGAUUGGGAAUCGCAGAAAACGAAGAAUCAACACUGCGACAAGAGUAUCACUGACUCAGGAUGGAUAUUUUACAAAACUUUCGGAUAGUUGGAAGUAAUUCAUUUGCUGGAAAUAUGUUUUUUUUUCAUACUCAAUAAAUAUUUAUUGCUUU